GUAUUGAUGCGCAUGUCUACAAAAGCCUACUAAUCCUGUCAUACUAUCAUUGCGGGAUGCUGCGCGUAUCACUGGCGCGGCGCGUUGCGGCGAGAACAUCCUCGAAAGUCGAUCCCGUCCCCACAACACAACGCACCCAGACAUUGCAAGAAGCCGUCACUUCGGCUCUUCUAUCUACGCGCUACCUGCGCCAUGCCCCGCCGCGGUUGUACGUGACGUGCGCGCAUGAGCACGGCAUCGCCCACGACGCCUGCGGCCGUCACACGACCAAGGUCAUCGAUGUCUCGCGUGCCGUCUCGCCUGAACGCGCCACCGCACACGCAGUCUGUUUACCUGCUCACCUCCACCACGAUGGACGACGUGGAAUUUAAGGACACCGCAGCGCAGUCGCAGGUGCUCGUGGGGCUGCCACAGGUGCGGGACGUGGAGGCAGUGCAGCGCUUCUGUGAUGCGCACGGGCCGUCGCUCACGAACGUGCAUCACGUUGUGCUACCGGGUGACGUGAACCCUGUCCAGUCCCUCUUGAUCCGUACGUUGUUGAGGCACCUGCCCCAGGCGCGGCUGGCGUGCAACGAGUUUGGCCAUGCGCUGCUGACGAAUCCGGCUUUUCACGACGGCGUGCGGCGGGCGGUGCUGGAGAACGCGCCGAACACGCCACUGGAUAUCAUGGGCUUUGCGGAACUCCCGGCGAGUCGCGUGUCGUCGGUUCAAGACGGCGACGCCAUCGCGGUGGAUGUGCGAAAGGACGACGACAGCAACGCCACAACAGCGGCCCUUCCUGCGCGCAAGCUGCGCGUGAUCGCCGUAAAGAGCGAUGUGCAGGAGCAGCACCGCAAAGCAAACGGCCAGACUCACCACCCCGCCUACUUCACCAAUCAGCCGCUCUUUCUCUACGACGACGUCUUCUACGCGUUGUUCACUGGGCACACGCUGCAUCGCCUGCCCUGGCUCCCGUCUGUCGUGAAGGAGGCGCCGCGCGAGCUGGUGCUGCCCAUGCCGCCCUCGCUGGCGCUGCAGCACCCGAUGCGUCGUCCCAACGUCCUGCUGGAUACGUGGCGCGUCGACGAGACAUCGGCAGCGGUGGUGACCGCACUGCGCCGCACACCGGCGGUGGAGCGUGUGCUGAGCAACUCGUACGGGGAGCUUUCUGGCAGUGUGGAGGACUGUAUCGCGCAGGUGGAGAACAGCACGGAUGCGCUCGAGCGGCUGCGCAGUCGUCUGGCGCAGCGGCUUGCAUCGGAUACCAGCCGUGAUGUCCACCGCUGGUCCACGGCGCUGCUGAGGCGCGUGGUGCAGGAGGUGAUUUGUGUCCGAAAAGUCAGCGAGCCGACGGCGCCGGCGGAGCAGGAGCAGUUUAUUGAAUGGGCGCAGAAGGAUGGGGAGUGGGGCCGGCUGGCGACGUGUCUCACCCACAGCGCUAUGGUGCUGGCCCCCACGGUCAAUCCUGCUACCGCUGCCGAAGCAUCGAAGCCAAGCUCGGCUGCCGCGUCCCGCGAAGGAGAGACCGCUCCACCGCUAGAGGGCAGUUCAGGGGUGGACCUGCUGGUGGCCAUCUUUGAGAAGAAGGGACUGCAGGGACUGACCCGCACCGUGCGACGUGAAACGAUCGAUGUGCAGGUGUUCCUCACGAUGUCGGAAAGCGAUUUGAAGGCGGUGUUUAAGGCUACUUUUGGCAUCACGAAGCGGUUGGGCCUGCUGCAAGAUGAGCUGCGUAAAAACCUUUAG